AUGUCAUCAACUUUUUUGCCGGUAUCACGGGCUCCUGAAGAUAAAGGAAAAGAUGAACCAGUCAAAAAGGACAAGCCAUAUAGGAUCUUUUUCAAAGAUCUCUUUCUUUUCAAAGAAAAUGAAAUGGCAGCAAAGAAAAAGGAAAAAUUUAUAAACCGCAGCAUGAAAGUCUACCAGAAGUCUACAUUUUCAUCUCGAAUGAAGAGUCGUUCACACCUGGGCCAAGUAGCUUUCUACUCUGACACAGCUGGUGGCUCAUUCGAAAAAUUUGGGCUAGAUCCCUCUCUUAUUCUAAGAUUAACAGAAGGUGCGGACACAAAAAGGACUAUUUAUGAAUUUAUUAAUGACCAGAGAGACAGGUUUCUGCUGGAGUAUGCCCUGUCAACCAAAAGAAAUACAAUUAAAAAGUUUGAAAAACACAUGGUGGCAAAAGAACGGCAACUCACAAGAGCAGAAAAAAAACUCCAAGAAGACGCAAUGGCCUUUGAAGAGUUCCUUCGAGAAAAUGACCAGCGAUCUGUAGAUGCUCUUAAAAUUGCAGCACAGGAAACUAUAAACAAACUCCAAAUGACAGCAGAGCUCAAGAAAGCCAGUAUGGAGGUGCAGGCCGUGAAAAGUGAUAUAGCAAAAACAGAAUUCCUCCUUAGAGAGUACAUGAAAUAUGGAUUUUUUCUGCUGAAAUUGUCUCCAAAACACUGGCAAAUCCAACAAGUGCUGAAAAGGGCGCAGAUGAGAAAGAGUAGAGAGAGUAUGAAUGUCAGUCUUCCAGUACUAACAAAAUUAAAUAAAACGAAAACAGAUGGCAGUACUGAGGAUCCCAGGAAGAUAUCAUUUUCAGAUGACUAUUAUGUGGAAAGAGAUCGCCAAGGAAAACCACACAAGAAGCCCACUCCAGAGAGUAAGAAAUCAUCUGUAUCAAGCCACACUGAGAGCAUCAGUUCAGAAGACAGCUUGGAAUUAUUUUUAGAGAAUGAUAUGGACUAUGAUCUGGAGCCGGAGCUUUACUUCAAAGAACCAGAAGAGUUACUUCAAGUCCUCACAGAGCUGGAAGAGCAGAAUCUAACUUUGGUACAAUAUUCCCAAGAUGUAGAUGAAAAUCUUGAAGAUGUAAAUAAAAGAGAAAAACUUAUACAGGAUAAAAUAAAUAGCAACAUAGAGUUUCUUCUGAAGCACAAGGAAAUGCUUAAGGCUAGCUGUGAGAGAGAAGAGGAAAAAGCAGCAGAACUGGAAUUAAGGUCCAGGCUAUUUAGUUUUGGAGAAUUUCAGUCAGACACUCAGAAUCAGGAAUUGGGGCAGGAUGCUACCUGGAGAACGAUUUACUUUGCCCAGCAGUUUAUUGAGAUCCUCUUAACUGCGAAUGCCAAAUUCACGGUGGAGAAAGAGGCUGAAAGUUUUUUGGUCCCGAAACACGUUACCUACCAGCUCGAGCGUAUCUACCAACAGUUAAGACGGCGCAGUGGCCAGGAAAAACUGAUAGACUCUCUUAGUAAAAAAAUUAAUCAAGUAUACAGAGUCUGCAUUGGAGAUGCUGAUGUUGGCAGCCUCAACCCGGUUCAAAAGCUGGUAAAAGUAGAGUCUCGCCUGGUAGAACUGAGUGAUCUCAUUGAAUCCAUACCCAAAGAAAAUGUGGAGGCAAUUGAGAGGAUAAAACAGAAAGAACGGCGGCAAAAGUUACGUGAAGAGAAAAUGAAAGAAAAACAAAAACACCAGGAGGAAAGGCUAAGAGCUGCUCUGGAAAGAGCAGUAGCACAACCGAAGAAAAAGCUGGGAAGACGACUUGUCUAUCGCUCAAAACCUCCAUCUGCUAACAAACAUGAACUACUUUUAGUCAAGGAUACAAGAACAAAAUCACUAGAGGAUGAAUAUUUUUUCACUUGA